AUGGCUAUCAAAGCUACCUCCAUCGUCGCUUUUCUUGUCAUCGUCAGCGUCCUUGUGUCGAUUGCAGUUGGACGUGACAUCCCAAAGGACUCAAAAGAUGUUGAUAAGAAAAAGCCGGAGACCUUUACUCAAGAAGGCAGUCUCCCCAUUCAGGGAGCUGGCCGUUUCAUGGUCCCUACAAAAAAGUAUUCUUUCAAAGGGAUUAAUCCUUUUACUUACAAUCCCGUAACAGGAAAGAAUACAGGGAAUGGAAUCAGUAUUCCUACUCUCCCUUCUACUGGUCUACCUGGCUACUUUCCCGGUGCAGACGACACUUUCAUCCCCAACCCGGGAUUUGAGGUUCCCACUGGUUUUCCAGCACCACCUAUUCGUCACUAG